UGGGCUCAAGUUUAAUUUGGUAGAUGCACAAAAACCCAAUAGAAGGUCUGAGAAGCGUCUGGAAGACUGGAAUGAUUGUCUCGCUCUCUCCCUUCUGUUACGACUUAAGACGAGAACUAACCAGAAUCUUCAACUGCUACUAAUAUAUAAACCCACUCAUCCCAAUUCAUAGACAAGAAAAAACAAUUCACUACUCUACUGCUACUUAUUCAUUACAUCUUCAAAUCACUCUCAACUUUCAUCUAAUCUUUAAUUCUUCUUUGUAGUUUAAGCAAAACAUGUCGCUCAUUCCUAGCUUUUUUGGUGGCCGACGAAGCAACGUUUUUGACCCUUUCUCUCUCGACGUUUGGGAUCCAUUCAAGGAUUUCCCCUUAUCUAACUCAUCUUUUCCAAAACUAUCUCAGGAAAACUCCGCUAUUGUCAAUGCCCGAGUCGACUGGAAGGAGACUCCGGAGGCGCACGUGUUCAGGGCCGAUGUUCCGGGGCUGAAGAAGGAAGAGGUGAAAGUGGAGGUCGAAGAUGAUCGAGUCCUCCACAUCAGCGGAGAGAGGAACGUUGAGAAGGAAGAUAAGAACGACACGUGGCACAGGGUGGAGCGGAGCAGCGGGAAGUUCAUGAGGAGGUUCAGGCUUCCGGAGAAUGUAAAAGUGGAUCAGAUCAAAGCUGCUAUGGAGAAUGGAGUUCUUACCGUUACAGUCCCCAAAGAGGAGGUCAAAAAACCUGAUGUCAAAUCCAUUGAAAUAUCUGGUUGAUUUUUUGGUCUCUUCACAAUUGUUAGUGUUCUCCUGGGUCUUUUUCUUGUAAUCACUCUGUUUUAGAUCCUGUGCUUUUGUUUUUGUUUUCAGUAGAUAUAGCAAUAGCAGGUGUGGUCACUUUGAGCUUUUUCUCAUAUUAUGUUUUGUAAUUUCCUCUUGUAAUAUUGGUAAAUGAAAUAAAUAAAAAUUUCAAGAUUAUAAUGUGGUGCUUA